GUCACCAAGCUUUGUGAUUUGGGGCCGGAUGACACCGUGACCUCGGUCUCAUGGACCCAGAGGGGGGCUCACCUCGCCGUCGGAACGAACAAGGGCGAGGUCCAGAUUUGGGACUCCACGCAAUGUCGCAAAAUGCGAACAAUGAGUGGACAUCUGGGCAGAGUUGGCACAAUGGCAUGGAAUGGUUUCGUUCUGUCCACGGGGAGCAGGGAUCAUCACAUCCUUCACCGAGACGUCCGCCAACCAGCACCCUUCAUGUCCAAGCUUCAUGGCCAUCGACAGGAGGUUUGCGGCUUAAAGUGGUCCUUCGACGAGCAACAGCUGGCCUCCGGGGGGAAUGACAACAAGCUCUGCGUUUGGUCGUUGAAAUCCACCGAGCCGGUGCUGAAGUUUAAUCGCCACCAAGCAGCCGUGAAGGCAAUUGCGUGGUCCCCGCACCAGCACGGGUUGCUGGCCUCUGGAGGCGGGACGGCAGACAGGUGCAUCCGUUUCUGGAACACCGUCAACAACAUGCCUUUGUCGUGCAUUGACACCGGUUCUCAGGUGUGUAACCUCGUCUGGUCCAAGAAUCUGAACGAGAUUGUGAGCACUCAUGGCUACUCUCUCAAUCAGAUCAUCCUGUGGAAGUACCCUUCCAUGACCAAGGUUGCGACUCUCACCGGGCACACCUACAGGGUCCUCUACCUCGCUAUCUCGCCCGAUGGUCAGACAGUAGUGACUGGUGCAGGGGAUGAAACGCUUCGCUUUUGGAACGUGUUUCCAAGCACAAAAUCAAGGUCUGGGUCGAGCCUGUCCUUCUCGCUUCCUCUCGGCCGCACUAUCCGGUAUCCUAAUGUUCUUCUGGCGCUUCGCAAUCCUCCUUCUGGCUCCAGUGCAGGCCACCUCAGCAUUCUCUUGGCUGUCGAAGGGGAGGAUUCACUGGCUGAGACGGUUGCGCAUCGGAUCGGAGAUCUUGCUGACAACGAUGACUUCCUGGGCAGAGCGGGCAAAGACACAGAAACACAUUGCUACACAUUGCAACCUUGCGUGCAGCAAGCGGGUUCUGGUGCCGGGGCCAUGUCAGAAGGUGGCGACGGCCACAUUGGGUUUUCAUGUGAGAUCCGCAGCUGGACAGAUGCGGCACCCGUGCAAGCGCAUUUUCCAGACCUUUCGAUCAACGACGACUACUGCGACUGCCUAGACGGCUCGGACGAGAAUCUCACAGCGGCCUGCCCGCACAACAUCUUCUCAUGUCUGAAUUCUGGUGGCAUUCCGCGACUGAUCGACAGCUCCUUUGUCAAUGAUGGAGUUUGUGACUGUUGUGAUGGGUCUGAUGAGACCACGAUGGUGUGUAGCAACAGCUGCCAGCAGGAGCUGUCAGACAUGUCUUCCAGAAUUGCGAGUAUGUUGGCCCUCGAGCGCAGGGGAACGACUUUGAAGGAAGAGGUCUUGCGAGUGCUUUCGGAGAAGGUAGCAUUGACAAAGCAGACUCUGAAGCGUGCCCAGGCAGCUGCUGCACCUUUUUUGGAAGCUAGUCAGAAGAUCAAAGACAAGUUGGGUGAAGUUGCCCGCAAGAGCCAGAAAGAGAAGCAAAGCGGGAAAAAGGGCAAACCGCUCAAUCUUUCUGAGAUCGUUGACGGCCCUGGACGGGCAACAUUGCGAUGUUUCGCCGGAGAAUCCAACUACGAGGAUUUCCCGGCCAACGUGUCUUGCAUUGCUCCGGCAGAGUGCCCAUUUGUCUGUGCUUACCUCUGCAGUGACUCCCGCCGAUUCAAUGGGACCUGUGCACUGGAUGCUGGUGGCGAGCCGUGGAUGUUCUUUGAAUACAACCCGGAUGCAUUGAAGUACGAGAAAAUGAUGGCGGCUUAUGGCAAGGCCCAAGCAGGUGCUGUGGAAGCAUCUGCCAUAGAACACGUCAUCCCGAGCGAGAAGUGGACACAGCUUGACUUCAAGUGGCUCGAGCUUCGACAGAGACUGCAACGAAUACACCGAAAGGCAGCCGAGACCUUGGAGGCCCUUGCAGAAGCGGAGUCCGACUCUCACAUGAUGAACUUGGUUGAGUCCGGCCAACUCGGUCCAUCUGGAGUCUACCAUGACCUACAUGAGGUAUGCGUGAACCUGACACAAACUCAGUAUGUUGGGACCACGGCGCUGCGCGAGCAAUGGCGUACUUUCGUGUACGGCAUUUGCUUCUAUCGGAAUGCCACGCAAGCGGAGCUCAAGUCGGAUGUAGAAAUGGCGGCCAUGUGCGAUGAGUCCGGCAAAUGCUCAGAAGCCCAAGCUGCAGCAUCAGAUCCAAUCGUUCUCGGACGACCCGCAGGCUUCAUGCUUCCUGGUAGUGAUCCAAAACGAUACGGACUACGGGAACUGUUCUUCGAGCCAUCAGAAAACACCCUGAUAUUUGCGGGAGGUGCUUCCUGCGGACAUGUGGCGCGAUCUGUCGCUGUUGAGUUUGUUUGCGGGGAGACAUUAGAGCUGCGUCGCGUUGCAGAAGUGAGAACGUGCUGCUACGUUGCCGAAGUGUCUCACCCAGGUGCAUGUAACCUCCUGAGAUGGCCCAGGGGUCUCAGGGAUUUGGACACAACCAAUCUGGAAGCCAGCACGGCAGAAGUGUCUGCAUGGCUGCUACGCAACGCGCAGCGUCUGCACCAGGAGGGCGUGUCUGAUUGGACAGUCCGGCUUGGCUCCCCACGCUCCACGCAGCAGUGGCUUCAACGUGUCGAUCAAGGCAUGGUCCCGCCCCUUGUUACCGUCGAGACUGCCAGGGAGUCGCUUUCAUCCACCCUAUCCUUGGCACAAGCAGCUUUGGAGCUUGUGGCGAAUGCAGCAAGAGGCUGUGUCCCGGGUGUGGUUGUCGAGCUGAGGUCUCAAGCAGCUGAGAGCUUGAUCGAGAUUGCCGGACACGUAAAGCUACCAACUCCAGUGGCAAAUGCCUCCGAAGCCAUCAUUUCAGCUCUGGGAUCCUUCGAUGUUGAUUGGAGUCAUGCCCGGAGCUACUUCGACAAAGCUUUGGCUGCAACCGGCCAUACUGUGACCUACAGCUUGGUACCUUUGCUUGAAAGGUUUGAAGAACAAAGGCCAGCUGGUCGGCACUAUUCCGUAUCGACUCAUGAAAACGAUGUGCUGCUCUUGCUGGGAUACUUUGCGCUGGUGCACAUCGUGAUGAUGUGUUGCUUGCGUGCCAUACUGUCUGCCUGCUGCUGCUUUGGAAGAAGCUGUUGUCGAUGCAGCUGUUGCCGUCCCCCGAAAUCGAAAGCCUCAGUGCUCGACGAAUCCAUUCCGGGAGGGAGACUGGGAGAUGCCGACAACACACAAGGGAUCGAUGCUGCAGACUCUCCGCAGUAA